AUGCUAUUCGCGAGGCUCCUCUCGUUUUCAGGACUGAAUCAUAUCCAGUCAGUCGUGCAACCUAGUUUUCUGAAGCAUGCUCUGCAGGCAGCCAAUGUUUUACAAACCAGGAACUACAACGCCAGUCUCGGCCUUUGGCCGGAUGAGAAUCAUUGGUGGCAAUCUGCUCGAUGUCUUACGGCUCUCAUCGAUAUCGCGGCGAUCGAUACGAGUUUCAAGUCGAAUGUCACGGCAAUUGUCGCGCAUACGUACGAAACGAACAAGAGUAAGGGCGGUGGAAACUUCACCAAUGACUACUACGACGACGGCGGCCGGUGGGCUCACGCGUUCAUCAAGGCCUCAGAUAUGACCAAGGGUACUGAACAUGUUAUGCCAGAGUACCUUGAGACGGCCAGAUUCAUAUUUGAUAACAUGACGGAUGCGUGGGGAACGAAGUGUGGCGGCGGCCUUCCAUGGAGGAGAAGCGAUCCUCAACCGUAUCUCGGGGCCAUUCAGAACGAGCUCUAUCUCAGCGUCGCAGCCCACCUCGCGAACCGUGCAACCUCGGCCAUGGAGAAGAGCAAGUAUCUGAAUGGGGCACACAAUGAGUGGUCCUGGUUCAAGAACAGCGGUAUGAUCAACUCCGAGGGAAUCGUCAAUAAUGGGUUGAAUGAUCGUUGCCAGAACGACAUGGGAACAACCUGGACGUACAACCAGGGGGUAAUUCUCGAGGCUCUUGUUGAACUUGACAAAGCAACGCCUGGUGGAUGCUGCUUGGAUGAUGCAAACAGAAUUGCGCAGGCUGUGCUGAAGAACAGAAAUUUGGUCAACGAGCGGGGCAUUCUCCGUGAGCCUUGCGAGACGACUGGCAAACCAUGCGAUGGGGAUCAGAGGUUGUUCAAGGGGAUAUUUACUGACGGGCUGGCAAAGCUACAUAAGAGCAGCCCUCAUCGUAGCUAUCGACAGUUCUUGGAACGAAACGCCGAAGCCUUGUGGCAGAAUGGUUCAAGAGACGGACAGAUCUCUUUGCGUUGGAGCGACCCCUUCAAUGAGACUGAGAUGGAUGUUGGGACUCAGUACUCAGGCCUGGCUGCUCUGGUCGCCGCUGCGUCAGUUCAGUGA